UUCUCCCUCAAACACUUUUGUAAAGAAUUAUUAAAAUAAUUAAAAGUUAAAACCCUAAAUAAAUCCUUUUCCCUCAGACAAAACCCCACACGACCUGCCUUCUCUUUCUCUCUCGUCGCCGCCCUUCUACUUCUUUCUCGCCGGUAUACUCCAUUAUCUCGUCUAAUACGAUAUACCGCGAUUCCUUCGGUGAUUGGAUGGGUUCAUAUUCUCGGGGACGCGAUUUCUUGUUCUGCCAAUUGUGUGGCACCAUGCUCACUAUCCCUUUCAGGGCUUCGGAUAAAUACGCUCACUGCCCUUUGUGCAAGGCUAAGCGAAACCUCAAACAUAUUCGCGGAAAGGAAAUAAGUUACAAAAUUUCUGCUGAGGAUAUAAGAAGAGAACUUGGAAUCAAUAUAAUCGAGGAACAGAAGGUGCAAUUGUCUAAGGUCAACAAGAAAUGUGAUAAAUGUGGUCAUGAUGAAGCUACCUUCUAUACCAGACAGAUGAGAUCAGCAGAUGAAGGGCAAACCACUUUCUACACAUGUCUCGGUUGCGGCUUUCAGUUUCAAGAGAACUAGGUGGGCAUAAUGUAUUUAUGUAUUGCAUGCAUCUUUUUUUUUUUGUGAGAGAGCGCAUUUCAAUUGCAAGUUAUGAAGUUCUUUGUACCAUGAAAGAUGUCUUCAACAUUCUAAAUAUUGACAUAGUGGUAUUAAAAAUAGAAAGGAAGAAUUUUAUUGUUUUUAAUAUACUUUAGAUCUUUUACCUGUGUUAUUUUGUUGCAUAAUGCAAGGACACUUCUGUUAGUCUUGUAGUGUGCCAGUUAUCUAUAGGUUAUGUACUGAUAAAAAUUCCAUUGUAUUCAUAUUAAUUAAGGCUGUUCAAUUUUUCA